AUGUCGACUCCGGCGAGUUUUAAAUACUAUCACCCUGGGGUGCUUAUUCCAACCCUGGAUGUUUCAGAAGAGGACCAAUGGUCCGAAGACCCUCUGAUUCUUAGGGAUGGUGUAGUAUUCAUUGGUUCCAUCAAAUUUAAUAAAGUAUUCAGUGUUCAAUCUAGGGGCACAGGGGAAAUCCUCAUCAACAAGGUUUAUAAUGUUGGUGAAUGGCCUGGGACCGACGACGAAGACCUACCUUUAGAGCUUCGGGUUUCCACGGCACCAAUUUCAGGAUACCGCCGUUUGCCGAGACCUAUCGUGGUUGACGGAGUCAAGAGAAUACUAUUCAACGAACUGGUCGCUUGGCAGCGGAUACGAGACGGCGAGAACGCAAUUUAUUCUCUGUACUUUAGAUAUUGCAACGGCGGAACUUUGCAGCAAUUAAUAGAAAAAUACACUGAAUGGAACCGGCCAGUACCAGAGCAUUUUGUUUGGUUGGUAGCUGAGAGACUUGCCACAGCCAUCCGAUUCUUAAUGUUUGGUAUGCCGCCAGGUAGCCAUGACGAACCAGAGGACUGGGAAUAUAUCUCCCACCGCGACCUUGUGCAGAACAACAUUUUCAUUCACUAUCAUCCCCGUCGUCCAGGCCGGCGACCAAAUAUUGGUUUGGAAACUAACGCAUUCCCCGAAGUCAUUGUAGGUGAUUUCGGCGAAGCAAAUAUGGAGAACGAUCCCGAAGGUAUAUUAUCAAAUGCUAUCAUCGCGGAAAUAGGUGUUCGUCCAUGGGAUGACAUGGUAUGUACCCUAGAAAUGCUCCUCUUAGGAGUAUUCCUCGAGGAAUUCCUCAAACUCCUUCAUCUGCAGUGGCUAACUUAUAGUACCUCAAGAGGUUGGAGUAAAACUGACUGGCAUAUUAGAUACUUCAUGGGAGAAACCCUUCGAUUAAUGGUUCAAGCACAUAUACCUCUGGCCGAGGACGAGAAUGAAAUUGACAGACCGAAUCAAAUCCCCGUAAAUACAGUGAAUAAUCGCAUCGCCCCUCCUGACACCCCUUACUCGGAAGAACUUAUCGAACUACUCGAACACUUUGAAUUUCCCAAUUCUGAAGACCUCGUACCCAUAUCAGAGACAAUACAAGACGAAGACGGAAAUACCGUACCUCUUUCUGAUUACCUCCCUACUGCUGAGUGGAUUGUCGACACGAUGUUGCCGCUAGCUCGGAGAAAAGUUAGGCGAUAUCGAGGUAUCGGCCGAAAGCCUGUAGGAUAUUUCGACGCCCUAGACGUAUCGUGGACGAAGCCCGAGAGAAUAAUGCCUUUCAGUUAUACACAUCCACCGGGUGGACAGGACGCCGGCAAUACACACAACGGUGGUUUACGCGCAUACACAAACUGGAACCAUAUAGCCCCUAAUCAUACAAGUUUUCAAUAUAGGAACCCGGCUUUUGAGGUCCUUCCUACCAGUCCGCCGGCCGCUCCGCUCCCACCUCCGCCGCCUGGUGGCGACUCAGACGUAGAGUCAACUCCAGAUCCUGAUUCAGAUAACGAUUCUGACAAUGAUGGGCCCGACGGCCCGGAUCCCGACGAAGAUAGGACUGGCAAUUACAGGCCCGGUAAUAGAUCCUGGAACCCAUAA